AUGCUCCGCAUCUGGAGAAUGUCGGGAGAAGAGCUGAUAGCCAUGAGUGUUGAAGAGGUCAGUAAUGUGAAGCAGCUGAAGAUGUCGCUUCGCCGCUUGUUUGGAUUUCCUGUGUGUAUUCAACAGCUUUUGCACGAGGGCAAGAGGUUGGAUGAUGCUACCAAGCCGGAUGGCCCCAUGGACAUUCAGGUGGUACUGUCGCCUGUAUCUACAGAUGCACAACAGCUUGAGGCUGCCAAGGAACUUUUUGAUUCCUGUGAGGGCGGCCUUGUGGAGAUCGCGCGCUUGCUUUUGGAAGCUGGCGCCAACACGAACAUGCAGGAUAGGUCUGGCAGCACAGCUCUAAUGCGUGCAGCUUGCAGAGGCCACGCAAAGAUCGUGCGGUUGUUGUUGGUAGCAAGUGCUGACAAAGACCUGCAGGCUGAGCACGGCGACGUUGCUGUCAUGCUAGCAGCCCAAAACGGCUACGUGGAGGUCGUGCGGUUGCUGUUGGAAGCUGGUGCAUCCGGUGAAAUGGCCCUCAUUGAUGCAGCGGCGCAUGCCCGUGUGGACACUGUUGGGUUAAUGCUGGAGGCUGGAGAGAACAAGAACUUGCAGGACCGAUCUGGCCUCACAGCUCUCAUGUGUGCAGCUAGACACGGCCACAUGGAAGUCGCCCAGUUGCUUUUGACAGCGAAUGCGAAUAUCGACCUCCAGGAUUCCACAAGUAUGACGGCGCUUAUGCAUGCGGCUGAGAACGGCCACCUGGAACUUGCGCGAUUGCUGUUAGAAGCUGGUGCCAGCAGGGAUACACUGGAUGGAGAUGGCAGCACAGCUUUGUUCUACGCAGCGUCCUGCGGCAACCUCGAGGUGGUACGAUUGCUGUUGCAGGCGGGAGCUGAUAAGGAUCUGCAAGAUCGAUUUGGCGAAACAGCUCUCAUGCUUGCGGCUCAUAAUGGCGACGUAGAGAUUGUGCAGCUGCUGUCAGUUUCCAGGUGA